UGGGUCAGGUGUCUUCAGAGCAGCAUGCAACCGGCACGAUGCAUCCUCCGACAUUGUGCUACAACACGGCGACCAGCAAGGCCGGAAGACGACGAGAAGCAUAAAUGCUUCCCUCCGUACAGGUCGAUUCUCACAGUCAUUAGAACCUCCGGUACAGGUGGAUCGCAUCGAUUUUCGAUAUGCUCGCGGAAAGUGGUCCCCGUGCUUCCGCCGAACUGCACAUUAUUCCUCCUCCGUACAGUGAUACCGUGCCAUGUCCAACCGUGCCAACGAUAACCGAUCCACCGUUAAACAGACCCCUAUCGCCGAGAAAGUUUUUCGAACGGCUGUACGGUCAUCUUGAGCGGGACGACAAGCGUACCAGCGAUGCUAGCGGUAGUGACGGUGUGCGACCGACCAGCGGUCUUAACGACAGCCCAACGAAGGCUAGUGAAGUGUGUACAUUUAUCGAAGCCCACCACCACAACCAUUCUAGUGAUUCGCAAAAGUCCGUGUCAGUGAAUAGUUCGAUCAAUUCCACCAGCCCACGAUCGUCGCUGGCAGUGGACAUUGAGCAAGAUUCUUCCCAGGAUGCAAGCACACUGUCACCCCGGCUGCCCCAACUCGAUCGUCAUCCUGCGUGUCCACCACACCAACAUUACGGUGUGUCCUCGACAGAUUAUGCUGUCCCCAGGAUAGGGGGACCAAGUUAUGGAUUGGUGGCAGGUCCUGGACAGUCUACCAUUGUACCAGUGCAACCAUUUCCCCAGCAGGGCGACACAUCCGGCUUAGCCGGCGGGCCACAACGGCAACCCGGCAUGGGCAUGUCGUCGUUCUUUUCGUCCAGCGGAAGCUAUGGUGCCAGCUCGUUUAGACCGUUUUUUGGAAUAGCUCAUGACGCAACGCAGCUGCCGGCGGGACUAUCGGCAUUUUUGGCCCGACGACGAAAAAAGGAAGGACGUCCAAGACGCCAGCGGACCACCUUCAGCAGCGAGCAAACGUUGCGGCUCGAGGUGGAAUUUCACCGGAACGAGUACAUCUCGCGCGGCCGGCGGUUCGAACUGGCGGAAGUGUUGAAGCUUUCCGAAACGCAAAUUAAGAUAUGGUUCCAAAACCGCCGUGCCAAGGACAAGCGCAUCGAGAAAGCACAAAUUGAUCAGCAGUACCGGACAUUCGCCGCAGUUAAUGGAUUGCUCACACCCUUUAGCCCACAAUAUCCGGCAGCAUUGAUCGCGACGCAACAGCAGCAGCAGCAUCACCAGCUUCUUCCUCCUUCUCAUCACCCUAGCCAACCGCAACAACAGCAUCAACCGCAUCACCACCAACCCCAUGUACAGCCAGUGCAGCCGACUACUUCGCCCAGGACUCAAAGGCCGGGCAGCCACUCGAAUUCUGAGCCAAAGCGAUAUCAGCAACAUCAAGCAGCUACUAGCGGCAAUGGGGUGGUGAACGGUGAACAAACUAAGAGAUAAAUCGAAACUACGCGUAGCAGUCUAGAAAACCCCCUGUCAGAAAAGCUGUUUCCACCUGCGGAUGUAACAAGUCCAUGUUAUAGUUGUUAGUGACGAAGCUGGACUACUGUUUAGUUGUCACGCUUAAGCUUACCGACUUUCGGACAUACAGCUCUAGAACUCCCCACAAAAAGAAACUUCCAUCCAUUUUGGGUUUUAGCGAUUAUCGCUGUUUAUUGAUAGCCAACAUAUCAUGUAAAAAACUAAAGCUAAAUAAAACAAAGACAAUAAAUGUACUACACACGAAGUUAUCAGCAGUAGAACUAACGUAAAUUGAAACAAUAACUUACCGAAAACAUUAACCGUCCCAUCAUCCUUCUUCAGCCGUCGUCGUAAGGAAGUUAGGCAAAGGAAGCCAACACAUACAAAACACACACACACACACCUACCUGCCAGUUCCGCCAAAGCGCGGCUACCAGGCAAAUGGAAGCGGUUCGGGAUUUUAAGGCUCAAUUUGCUGGACGACAAAGCAUCAAACGGGUGAGUAUGAAACUUGGAAGGGUGGCACUCUUGGGAUGCAAAUGUACGCGCGCUGCAAUAAGUCACUUUUUUAUGAUUUAAUAUUGAAGUUUCUACAAGAUUCCCUAAUGGGAGGCGACUUGUUGCAACGCCUAUACAUUUACAAACGUAAAUGAGCUAAGUGUACUUUAAUGAGAAUUGGAACCACAAGGAAACAGACGAGAAAACUUAUGGAAAGUUUAAUAUAAGAAAAGGUAAACAGUAGUAGAAAGGAAAUGAAAAUGAAGAAAGUAGAAAAUGAUAGAAAAGAAAAGGAGAUUAACUAACACUUUAAUGUUGGAAUUCCCUGAUACCCCUCUCUCUUAAAAGAAAUUAGGAUAAAAUAGAAAUCGUUAACCAGGAACGAAACUCCCGAAGAGAUCAGGUUUCGGGGGCAGGUUGCCUGUAAAAGGGGACACACUGCUACUCUAAAAUAUUACACUGAAAAGGGAUUAAUAUAAAUUAUCGACGAUCCAUACAGUGCCUCAGUUCAUAAAAAAAGUGUCCCAAUGUUUAAAACAAUAGGCAGGGCGAGAUAUAACAACACUAAGGCCGUAGUAGCUUGCUAAGAUUGUGUGUGUUAUGUCCAAAUCGCUUAUUGUUUUAAACAAGUAGACAGAGUUUUUUAUGCACUGGGAUCCCCUUUUGCUCUGUUGGCGAACAGAGGCGAUGCCUCGUGCAACACAUAUUAUGAAGUUGAGGGUCACAAUAGACGACUUAAAUGCGAGUUGGUUAAUGGAAGUCGCAAAAUUAGUGCAGGCAAUAUCUAAAAAUGGGGCGGUCCAGUGGCCGAUGCGACAACGGCGCCGGUCUUCACACAGCAGGACCGGGGUUCAAAUCCCAUCCAGACCGCCUCCCCGUACGCAGGGCUGACUACCUUGCUGGGGGUAGAAUCAAGUCACAGAAAGCCAUAAAUGGCAGGCCCGGAGACCUCUCGAGCUUGUAGUGCCAAUGAAGAAGAAGAAAAAUAUCUAAAAAGACUUGCCACACAAAAUCCUCCUGCAAAUUGUACGAAAAAUAUAGGUGAAACGCUUCUACAAAGUGUGUAAAACACUGCAAACAACCAGCAUCGUUCCAGGACUCAACUAGCUGCGCUCAAAACAAAAAAGAAGUCGAGCUCAGUGUCUCUGUAAGCGCUUAAACCUGCCCUCCUGUCUCUAGCAAACCGCGGAAGUGGCGGUGGUUCUGCUGCUAACCACGACGUGGUGGUGGUGGGGAAACGCUACACAAACGAAACUAUCGUCCUUCUACCACAAAAAAACCAACAACCUGCUGUUUUGCUGAUCGUGUGUUGUUGCUCAUCCUUCCUCCUCCUGUGCUGUUGUGUGCUGGGACUCUGGCUAUGCCCAGGAUGCUUGUUUCCCUUUGCUUCUGCCUCAUGUGCGCGCACGUCUCUUCCUGUAAAACCGACCUCCACAGAAUCAUUAGUUGCAGUAUAGUGUGGAACGAACACAAACGACCCUCUCCCUCACACACUUUGCCCACAAUACAUCCUCACAGUUUUCUUUCUCACACACAUACAGCUGAAAUAACUAACAACCUCGCUGGGGCUAGGCCGGUCCGCGCGAUCUCGUCUCGUCGUCUUCUUUCAAAGGUAAAUUAGGCACUGUGCUGGAAAAGACCUACUUGCACUCAACACCUUCUUCUCCUCACAUUUGCUGCGGGCACUUACUUAUCCUGGUGGCUCUAGAGGACUAUAUCGAAGGAAGGGUCUGGGAUAUAAACAACGCACAGUGCAUAUGUAGGCACGACUAAUUGUGACAAAAUACUUAACAAAAGAGAUAUAGAUGGACGAAAACUGUACUCUUAUCUAAUUUAUUUGUAUUUCUUCCACUGCGAACUGAUCGUGUGAACUAGGCUCAAAGAAUUUUCGAACUAUUCUUUUGGCUCCUUGUUUUUUGUUUGUGUUCCCUUCAAUCCCUCUCCCUCGAGGAAGAGAGAUGGCAUGCGGUCUUAAGGUGGUUGUGGAUUUUUGUUGGUUUGAAAAUUAACGGGUCCUGGGGUGGUUUUAGCAAGUCUUUGCCACUACGAACCAAUGUCUACAAGAGCUUGAUGAUGCUAAGGUUUGGAUAAUGUUUUGUUAACAUAUUUGUACCCGUGUGUGUGUGUGUGGUUUAAUUAUUGCGUACGUAUGUAUGUACUACACACAGAUUCAAGAGACUAAUAUUAAAAGAGUGUUGUGUUUCAAGGAAUCAAAUGUGUUGGUCCUUCAACGUGUAAAACUGAUACUUCUGUUUUACACCAGUUCCUACACCAGUGUGCGAGAGAACACACCUACACGUUUUUUUUUCAUUUCAAUUUUUAUCAUUUUAUCUUCUUUAGACACACACACACGUCGACAUCAUUAGCUGAAUCAACCUAAUAUCCGCUGAAGUAAACCCUUCUAUUGCAAAUGCGUGCCGCAAUCUAAAAGUGACUUAAAAACAGAAUCUUUCGAUAGCUUACGUAGGAGAAACGAAACAAAAAAAACACACAUUAAUCUAUAUACAACACAAGCUGUUUGAGAACCUGCAGAGCGCAUUUCAGUCCAGUGGCAUCAUCAUUGCUUCUUUCUUCUUCUCACUUUCCCAGA